AUGAAGAGGUCACCUAGUUCUUGUUGCUCUUCUUCUUCCUCUUCUUCGUCUUCAUAUGCAGGGCCUGAAACUCCCCAUCUGAACCAGGCAGAGAAUCAGAAGCCCAAGGCCAAGCGGAUUAGAAAAAACCAGAACAACCCAACAGAGAAAUGCCAAAAUGGCACCAACCCAAACACAGGAGGGGGCAGAAGAAGCUCCAUUUACAGAGGGGUCACCAGGCAUAGAUGGACUGGAAGAUUUGAAGCUCAUCUCUGGGAUAAGAGCUCAUGGAACAACAUUCAGAACAAAAAAGGACGACAAGUUUAUUUGGGGGCCUACGAUAGUGAGGAGGCUGCUGCUCAUACCUAUGAUCUUGCUGCCCUUAAAUAUUGGGGCCCCGGGACAACCCUGAAUUUCCCGAUAGAAACGUACACAAAGGAGCUUGAAGAAAUGCAGAAGGCUUCCCGGGAAGAAUACCUAGCCUCAUUGCGUCGCCGGAGCAGCGGAUUUUCUAGAGGCGUUUCGAAGUACCGCGGCGUGGCUAGGCAUCAUCAUAACGGGAGAUGGGAGGCCAGAAUUGGAAGAGUUUUUGGAAACAAGUAUUUAUACCUUGGAACUUACAAUACACAAGAGGAGGCAGCAGCAGCAUAUGACAUGGCAGCAAUAGAGUACAGAGGAGCAAAUGCAGUGACCAAUUUUGAUAUCAACAACUACAUUGACAAAUUCAAGAAAGAGUCGGAAGAAACUCCUCCCAAAUGCUUGGAAGCCGGACUACCGGAAGACAAAAAAGUCGAGCACAAAGUGCACCAACUACAACCACAACAGCAGCAACAACAAGAACAACAAGAAGAACAAAUUGUCUCAACCCAACCUCAGUAUCCACAUCUCCUGCAUUGCAUAGAAAGUAAUACAAUGGACCAAGUCAUGGAUGCUGCAGAUGAACACAAGUUCACUUGGAACUUUUUGGACACAGGAUUGAUGGCUCAACUUCCAGUUCCUGACAUCCCUCUGGAUAACAAGCCCUUAGAGUUACCAGACUUCUUUGAGGACUUGCGCUUUGAAGAAAAUUUUGACUUGAUAUUUGGGGCAGCAGGUGAUGCUGAUUUGGGUGGCUUGAUGGAAUCUGCAGGUUGUGGGGUUGAGGGGGGUGUCCCAAGAAACUUGGAGGAUAAUAGGUCAUCUUCUUCUCCUUCUUCAACAACCACCUCUGUUUCUUUUUAA